AUGGCGCAAACUCCCCAGCAGCGACGACGCAACGAGGCCUUUGCCAAGGGCAAUGAGGCCAAGAUGGGCAAGGCGGGUGAGCAGGUUAAGAAGCGUGUCGAGAAGGUCCAGAAGUCGCCUAUCUCCAUGUUCUGGCUUAGCAUCCUCGGCUUUGUUGUCUUCGGUGGUCUUGUCUUCGAAGCACUCUCACGAUUCUUUGGUUAA